CACAGACACAGGCAGAGAAGGAGCCGUGCAAUUGGCAGCCAGUAGCAGCAGCAGCAGAGAUAAGCCCAGCAGCUACACCAGACACUUAUCAGACAUCUGGACAGAAAGAUUUCAUAAUCCAGUGAGGAAGUUGCAGAAUAACUUGGUGAUUUGGAAGGGUGGUGCAAGCAGUGAAGACUAAAAGAAGAGAAUUUCUCUGCUAACAUCUGUGGAAAAUGGCAUUGCUGCAAAAGGCUCACAACGUCACCAGAAUUUGACCUGAGGAAGUCUACGGCAGGGGAAUGCAGAUCAAGGGAUCCCACCUCCUGUGUUUAAAGACAAGGAGAUGAAUUUACCAUGGCUCCAUCACCAGCUCAGAAGAAUAUGCGCCUGGCUAUUUAUUUUAUUACCAUCCUCACUGGAUUCCCAACAAACCUCCUGGCGCUCCAUGCCUUGAUCCGAAAGCUGCGCCACAAGGCCACACCCAAUGCCAUUCUCCUCUUCAACUUGACUAUUUCAGAUCUAUCAUUCCUAACGUUCCUCCCUUUCAAGGUAGCUGAAAUCUGUCAAGGUCAGUGGAAAAUGCCAUCGUUCCUAUGCCCACUCAGUGGGUUGUUCUACUUCAGCACCAUUUACUCCUCCACCUUGUUCCUGACUGCUGUCAGUGUAGAGAGGUUCCUGGGGGUGGCCUACCCUCUAAAGUACAAACUGUACCGCAAACCCAGCUAUGCCGCAGCCAUAAGUGGCUUCUUGUGGGUUUGUUCCUUUGCCCACUGCAGCAUUGUCUACGUCACGGAGUACAACCAUGAUGCCAAUACCAGUAUGAGGAUUGUCUGUUUUGACAACUUCACAGAGAAACAGAUGGAAGUUCUUGGGCCUUUCCGUCUUGAAUUAGGAAUAGUGCUUUUCUGCUUUCCAUUCCUCAUAACCUGCUUCUGCUACUGCAGCUUUAUCAGGAUUCUGGUAUCUUCUCCCCACAUCCACAGAGAGAAGAAGCAAAGGGCCAUUGGACUGGUCAUUACCACUUUGAGUGUCUUCGCCAUAUGCUUUGCCCCUUAUAAUGCUUCUCACUUGGUUGGGUUUGUACAAAAGAAGAACGUAGCCUGGAGAGAUGAGGCCCUGCUCCUCAGUACCCUCAACGCUUGCCUGGAUCCCAUCAUAUUUUACUUCUCUUCCACUGCCGUACAGCAUUCCUGCAGGAGCUGCUUAGUAAAGCUGAGGCUCUGUAAAACUCAUUCAACGUUGCAAAAAAUUAUAGUCAAACCCCACAUGAAAACGAGUCCACCUGACAAUUCUGACAGCCAAAUUCAUAGUUCAAAGUUUUAAUAUUUAGUUGUGACCAAAACUUUUGAUUUUGUUGUUACUACUGUCACAAAUCCAUCUAAAGUGUAGGUAAUUCCCUUGGUCCCUGUGCAUGUAUCUGAAGCAUACAAUGGUACAUUCCAACAAUAUACAGUGACAAUGGUUUCUGCAGUGGUACAAACACCCACAUCUCUGUAUAUAAAAUCCAGUUAAUUGAAGAUACAGACGUUACUGCAAUGCCCAGAAAAUGUGUGAUGGUUCUGCCUUGUUUAUUAGUUCAUUAUAAGAAAUAUCAACCAAUGGAAAGUUAGUGAAAUUAAAAUU